AUGCUGACGGGGCAAGAUGUGAAAAAUCAGGUCUCAAUUGCGAGCAAAGGAUACCGGUUUGUCGACGACGUUGUUGGAGGCGCAGACCCGAACUCAACGAAUGGCCAACAUCUCUUGACGCCUCAGCCAGGUGAAGCGAGCAUCAUUGACCCCCGUGGACCGGAUACACGACAUAGAGCUGGCAACUCGGCCGAUCCGAUUCGCACCUUUGGUCAGAUAUUGCUCGAUACGCUGCAUGUCGAGAACCCUUCUCCCACCAGAUGGCCCGCCUUCGAGGAGUUGACCGAGCAGCAAUACCUUAUAAUCCUAGACCACUACAAGUGGCGGCUCAUGCAAGCGGUUCCAUUUGCAUUGCUUCCACCGGACAUACAGCCUGGCGAUAAGAAUCCAAUUCUUCUACUGUCGAUCCUUCUCACGGCAAGUAGCUCUUUCCGAGACUUCCAGUAUCAGGCAGACGAAGUCUUCCGCCAUGUCCUCGCUGACCAAGUCAUAAUCAAGGGUCAACGCAGUCUGGACCUGCUCCAAGGUCUCCUCACGUACCUGACAUGGUACCACCACCACUUCGACCCGGAGACCCAGCAGUUCUAUCAACUGCUGCAACUGGCCACUGCGAUGGCUGCAGAUCUGGGUCUUCCGAAGAAGUUCGCCGGAGAUGACAAUAAUGCUCUCCAGACCCCCCCAAUCCAAACAGUGGAAGAUCCGAUUCGCAACGAACUCCGAGCAUUCUUACUCUGCUACUACCUCAACUGUGGAGCUGCUGUUCUGGGCUACGACAGACCAGAGAACAUGCAUUGCAUACGCAGCUUGAGACAAGCAGCACAGUUGCUUGCCCAGUCACCAACCGAACCACACGACGUUGAGUCGCCGGCACUCGUGGAAUUGUUAUACGUCGCGGCACAGCACCGUGUUUCAAUCAACAAUCUCGAGAACAGCGAAAUACCUAUAUCCCAGAUGCAAGUCUGCUGGGACUCAGAAACCGCUCUGAAAUCAUGGGCAGAAAAGUACUUGCAUGAGGGGACGCCUUGUGUGUUGAGAUCAAGCUACAAUUACAUUUCGACUUACAGGAUUCUCAAACCGGCCAAUAUUGGUGUCGGUGGUAGGUUGACUCCUGCGUCACUGGAAGAUAUUGCGACUUGCAUUGCAAUCUGUCAAGCGCAGCUAUCGAAUAUAUCUCAGCAAGAUCCCUCCUAUCUCGUCGAGUUCAGUGUCCUUGAGUGGGCGCCUGUCAUGACAUAUCUGUUCAUCCUGCCUCGACUGGAGGCCGCGAUUGGCUCAACGACAACAACAGCAUCAGCAGCAUCAGCAGCAUCAGGCGUCACCCCAUCAGCAGAUCGGUACGGGAGCCACAAUCGAACGUCCUGUGCCCUAAAGAUGGUUGAACAGUUCCGUUCUCAGCUUGCUAAACUCAAGGCCCACGCUGAGACUGAUACAAUGUUGAACGCGCACAGGUUUUUCGCAGUCUUAGACCAGAUCUUGCCUGCGGUGGAACGACGUGCGAUUCCGAUGGCCUUGCAGAACGGUGCGCCCUCUUUGCAGAUUUCGCAAAGCACAGCGGUGGAUGGGGGAGGUUCGGCCUAUGAGCUAGUCAAUUCAUAUACGGAUGAUGAUGAUUACCAGCCUCGCGAAAGGACUGCGAGUUUGGACCGAGUAUGGGUGGAUUUUAUGUCAGAUUGGGUCCAAUGGUGA